AGUAAAUGAUCAUCAAGUCAUAACUCUUAAAGCGACUGAAUUCAUUACGUUUUACACUGUUCGAAAGUAAACAGGAACAUAUUUUUUGUUCCGCAUUAAUCACAUUUUGAAUAUCCUUUGAAAUCUUGUCAUAGAAGCUCAGUAGUAGAAACGACCUUCAGAAGUGGUGAACGAGUGUCUAAUUUUGUUCUAUUCGGUAGUGAAUUUAUUCGUGUAAGUGUGUCAAUUCACCCUAAUUAUAUUUUUAUUAGCAUUGCUUUGGCUGUGGUUUAGGCUUCUGUUAUUCAUUUAUUCAAAACGGUUAUGGCUGUGGAACAUUACAAAUUGAUGUAAAAUAUGUAAUAAGCAAUGAGUGUACAUCUUAAUGCGAUUGAGUCGGCUAAUGUAAAGCACUGCCGCUGGUAUUAAAGAAAGAUGCAGGGACUUUCAUCUAUCAUUUUUACCCUCCUAACAUUUUUCGUGACUUCAACAUCAACUCAGAAGAUUGUCCUCCAGGGAAAUGUUUACAUAGAGGGUGUGUUUACAGUGUAUGAAAACGAGGCUGGUGGGUGUGGCAAAACUCUUCCAUUCUCGGUGCAGCAUAUUGAAGCUGUUACCUGGCAACUGCGAAAACUGAACAACCGUGUAGGUCUCCGGGUAUGGGCGACAUGCGGUUCGCUGACAAGAGCCAGACAGAUCGCGUACAACAUAACGCAACAACUAGAUGAGGUCGCUCCGGACACACUUGCCGUUCUUGGUCCGGAGAACUCGGAGGAAGCGGAAGUAGUUUCCAGGCUUCUGGGUGCUCUCCCUGCAAGCGUCCGGCCCCUCCACAUUUCGUUCAGUGCCGAUGGAGAUGUUUUCACUGACAGGGUUGCGUUCAACAACUUCUUUCGAGUAAUUCCACCAGAAACAGCUACUGUUGAGUCCGUUGCGAAGUUUCUUUCCGAAAUGUUUUGGACGUACGUUGCUGUGUUUCACGACAACAGUACACAGAGUUUGUCAAGACUGGAGUAUUUGAAAGAACUUGUAAUGAGCAAUGGGAUUAUAACAUGCUUUCCAAGAGUGUUUGUAAGGAAUGGGGAAGCACUGGCAAACGUUGAAGAUGAUUUGAAAGGAAUUUACGAGGCGGAUAAAAGAAUAAACGGCGUACUGAUAUUGGGUGACGUUGAACUUUGGCAAACGGUUUCGGCGGCAAUAGAUAGUAAAGUUGCAAGUACGAACUCGAGCUACGAACGACCAGUGGUUUUGUUCAUUACAGACACUUACUUAAGCCUUCAGGCGACAGAAGAUCCGUCGGUUUCUGAGAAAGGACUGUACAUUGCCAGUCCUCGGACAAUUGAGGUAACGCCAUUUACAGAAGGUUGGACCGAGUUAUUGACAAAUAGCACCAAUGGGACAUCUUAUGUUCACACCAUGAUGGAGCAACAUCACGCCGCUCAGUGCAAAGCAGUUGUUAGCGAAGUUUGUAGAGCAAAAGCCCUGAAACUCUUCCCACCAUCCGUCCAUUCACCAUAUGCAAUUCUCGCAACGCUGCUCAUUUCAAACGUAUUUCAAACUAAGUGUCCAUCAUUUGAACGAUCAUGCUUAAAUAGCACAGGACGACACUCGCUAGUAACAAGUAUGGAGAACUCAUUUGGCUUUGAGUUUCGAGAUUUUUCUUCGCUGCUUCGAUUCUCGUUUCAAUCGGAUUCUCCGGAAAUUCAGAUAUCGCAUAUCUCAGACAAAUUCUACGGCAGUGUUAUUUAUAAUAAAGUACGAUCUUCAAACACCCCACCUAAAUGGCAAUUUGUUGAGGCAUUGGAAUACUCCACUCAAACAAAGGAAUACAUUUUUCGCUCGGGAAACAUACGGCAAUACACAACUAACGGCACGGAACAUAUUUACCCCGACGUCCUCCGACCAGAAUGCCCCGACGGACGGCAGUGCACCGAGUGCCCUAUGAGAGAAUCACCACCGAUCGAUGUUACAGAGGGAGAUAUGUAUAUCGUCGGCAUAGUCCCCGUUCAUACUACGUCCGGUAAUGCGUUACAAUGUGGUAACGUCAAACAAGGCGGUGUGGACGUCGCUGAAAGCAUCAAAGCGACGGUGCUGGAGGCGAAAAACAAGUAUAGUAAUGAAAUCCCUAAUGCAAACAUUGGCGUCAUCAUAAUUGACUCUUGCAAUGAUCCACAAGUAGUAGCAGCCAGAUUGCUUGAAUUGCUAAAUCAGGGAAUAUAUGAAAACGGUGGAUUUAAAAAGGUGAGGUCAAACAUAUUGGGGUACAUUGGAGGAUGGACAAGCGACAAUAGCAUGCAGGUUGCGUCAAUCUUAACCAGAAUAAAGUCAGUGCAAGUUUCUUACGGAAGCACAAGUCCAGCAUUAAGUAAUAGAAAUCAAUUCCCCUUCUUCAUGCGUAUGAUUCCGAAUGAUCUUUAUCAAGGACAAAAAAUGAUAGAAAUCGUCAAGAAACUCGGCUCCAAUCUGAUUCAGGUGCUGUAUUCGGACACCGCAUACGGUAGAGGGGGGAAAGAUGCUGUUAUUUCUCAAGCUGUGGCACACAAUAUUUGUGUUGGACAAGUUGUUAUGGUAGAACAGAAGUCGGAUGUAGAUUUGGAUGCCAUUGUAAGCGAACUGGAACAAGAGAACAUGCCGAAGAUAAUAAUGGUGUACCUCAGCUCCUUUGAUGUGGUGAAACUGAUUGGAUCAUUGAAAACCAUGAAAGGCUUCAUCUUUAUUGCAUCAGAAGGAUGGGGAAAUAGAGACAUCAUUGCAAAUGCGGACAACUUGGAAGGGUCUAUAACACUUGCACACGAAUUGAGGAUUCCGGAGUACAUAAAUGAACACAUUGAAGAAAUUUCAAAAGCUGAGAAAAAGUCGGCUUGGCUCACGGAAUAUAUGGAAGACUAUUUCGAUUGCUAUUAUGAAUGGAGCUUUGAUAAAACAAAAGGCGAUGCAAAAUGCAGCCCAUCCCAAUACCUGGAAGCUGACAACUGUUUUCGCGUCACGCCGGAUCAGCGUUGCUUUAAGGUGGAGACGUGGUCGCCUUUCGCCGCCAUCGGCGUCGAGACGCUACUGAAAGGUGCAAAAUUGGCACUAAAUGAACUAUGUAACGGCAAUACGUCCACCAUUUGUGAAGAGUAUCUAAGACAACCGGAAGUGCUCAUGAAACACGUGCUUAAACAAAAAUUCGCCGUUUCCGGAACAUCGCUUAAACAAGUAUACAAUGUUACGAGUCACGAUGGGCUUAUUGACUUGAAUACGUACCAGAUAAAGAAAGAUGACAAGGGCGUUUAUUAUGAUCAGCUUGAAGAAGGAUGGGUGUAUGCGUUCAGGGAGUCAACGUGUGACAAAAUUGAUAACCCUGAAUGCAGUAUUUGCUUUAAGGAUCCCACUACUACACCAAGCCCGCCACCUGCUGACAAUUCAAAACAGUCUUACAUGACUGCAACAUUCGUUACAGCGAGCUUUUGUUGUAUGUUGGUUAUGGUCCUAAUAAUCACCAUGUGUAAAGUGGUUCAGGGCAGAAGAAAGCGAGCAGCACGACGACAAAUCUACUUGACGCCGACAAUGGGUGACGACGGAUACCUCUCAACAAACGACGUCCAGCGUAUGUCUUCCGUUGGCGACUUUCCCGGUGGCAUAUUUAAUAAGGAUGUCAACAUAAGUGAUGAAUCAAACAAUACACCGCCACAAGGACACGCCAGUAACACCAGUCUCAACAAUCUUAACAACAGCUGUAACCCCCCUCCGCCUUACCUAGGGCCAGCGCAACAAAACAAAUAUGUUUGAGGAGUAAUGUUUUUUUAAUAUUUCGAAUUAUUGAAUUCUCCACGCUUUACCACGACAAUUCUGCCAAGCUGAACUGGGUUUUCAUUAUAUACUCAUGUUCUUGAUAUGAUGUAACACAAAUAAUCGGUACAUUUGGUGUGUGACAUUUUCUUACACAUAUACUCAGUACAUUUGGUAUGUGGCAUUAACUUACAGAAUAAUCAGCUUAUUUGGUAUGUGACAUUAUAUUACACAAAUACUCAGUACAUUUGGUAUGUGACAUUAACUUACACAAUAACUCAGCUUAUUUGGUAUGUAACAUUAUAGUACACAAAUACGCAGUACAUUUGGUGUCUGACACAAAUACUCAGUACAUUUGGGGUAUGACACUAUAUUACUCAAAUAAUCGGUACAUUUGGUUUAUGACAUUAUAUUACACAAAUACGCAGUACAUUAUGGUGUGUGACAUUGUAUUGCACAAAUACGCAGUACAUUUGGUGUGUGACACAAAUACUCAGUACAUUUGGUAUGUUACAUUGACUUACACAAAUACCCAGUUCAUUUGUUUUGUGUCAUUACAUUACACAAAUACUUAGUUCAUUUGUUUUGUGUCAUUAUCUUACACAAAUACUUAGUUCAUUUGUUUUGAGACAUUAUCUUGCACAAAUACUUAGUUCAUUUGUUUUGAGACAUUAUCUUGCACAAAUACUUAGUUCAUUUGUUUUGAGACAUUAUCUUGCACAAAUACUUAGUUCAUUUGUUUUGUGUCAUUAUCUUGCACAAAUACUUAGUUCAUUUGUUUUGAGACAUUAUCUUGCACAAAUACUCAGUUCAUUUGUUUUGUGUCAUUAUCUUACACAAAUACUUAGUUCAUUUGUUUUGUGUCAUUAUCUUACACAAAUACUUAGUUCAUUUGUUUUGAGACAUUAUCUUGCACAAAUACUUAGUUCAUUUGUUUUGAGACAUUAUCUUGCACAAAUACUUAGUUCAUUUGUUUUGUGUCAUUAUCUUACACAAAUACUUAGUUCAUUUGUUUUGAGACAUUAUCUUGCACAAAUACUUAGUUCAUUUGUUUUGUGUCAUUAUCUUACACAAAUACUUAGUUCAUUUGUUUUGUGUCAUUAUCUUACACAAAUACUUAGUUCAUUUGUUUUGAGACAUUAUCUUGCACAAAUACUCAGUUCAUUUGUUUUGUGUCAUUAUCUUACACAAAUACUUAGUUCAUUUGUUUUGUGUCAUUAUCUUACACAAAUACUUAGUUCAUUUGUUUUGAGACAUUAUCUUGCACACAUAUUUAGUUCAUUUGUUUUAAAACAUUAUCUUGCACAAAUACUUAGUAUAUUUGUUUUGUGACAUUACAUCACACAAAUACUCAGUUCAUUUGUUUUGAGACAUUAUCUUGCCCAAAUGCUAAGUUUAUUUUUGAGACAUUAUCUUACACAAAUACUCAGUUUAUUUGUUUUGUGACAUUAUAUUACACAAAUACGCAGUGCAUUUGUUUUGUGACAUUAUAUUACACAAAUACGCAGUACAUUUGUUGUGUGACAUUAUCUUACACAAAUACGUAGUACAUUUGAUGUGUGGCAUUAUCUUACAAAAAUACUCAGUUAGUUUGUUUUGAGACAUUAUCUUACACAAAUACUCAGUUCAUUUGUUUUCAGACACUAUCUUACACAAAUACUCAGUAUAUUUAGUAUGUGAAACUAUCUUACACAAGAACACAUAGUUUUGACAUUAUAUUCCAUCAAUAGUCAGUACUUUUGGUUUGUGAUAUUAUUUUUUAAAGGUUACUGAGUGCUUUAACAUACAGUUACACUUAUAGUUUGGAAAGAGGGUUCAGAUAUGUUGUCCGGCUUCUUUGUCAUCAACGAUAUUUUAAUCCUUUUGCAAGACCUUUUAAAUGAUCUAGUGUUUCUCUCAUUUGGUGUCGGUUAGGUCUUAACAUUGUGACAAUAAACAUAGCCUUCGUUUAAUGUUUAACUAGUGGGUUUGUCUAUGUAGUUUUCUUGUAUCAUGUCGAUGAUUUUCGUCAUUGGUGGUCAUGUUAACCACUAAAACGUAACCUUUUCUACAAGUAAACACAAGUAUAUUAUUCUUCCGCAUAGAGAACAAAGAGUAAAUUGGGUAUUUUAUUCAUUUUCAAAUAGAACUGUUUGCGAUGUUUAUGGUAGUGAUUUAAUUUUACAAAUACCAUCAGUUUCAUAUUCAUGUAUAAUGCCUUAAAUGAUUUAUAUACACUGGUUAAUGGUAUCACCGAUAUAAUGAUAGAAUCAAAAUACAUCCAUUACAAAUUACAACAGUUACUUACAUGUUUUUACUCGUGAACUUUAGUAAAGGACGGCGUGACUAUAGGUCAACCAAAUGAUAAAUUGUGUAGCUUUUGUAUAAAAAUGCUGAAUAUCUUUGACAGAAGAUAAUAUGUUAUUCUGCUAUUUCUUAAAAUGCAAUGUAUUUCUUUGUACAGCCAUAUGAUUUCAUGUUAUAUUAUCUGCGUAUUAGCAUAAUUACACUUAAUUUUUACUAAUUGUUAUGAACUUGUAUAUUAUUCAUUUCUAAUCAUUUUAAACUUUAUUUUAUAGAAUGGCUCAUGAAUAACUAAUAAAAUUUUCCAUACACAUAUAUAUUAAAAUCUAUAUUAAAAAUUCAAAAUUA